AUGUUGUACAGAUCAGUGAGACUUUCUCUAAUUAUCUAUGGAUUGAGAAAGUUAUUAGGAGGGACACACGACGACGGCUUUGACCUACUUCCCAAAAGUCUCCAUCGAUGUCUCAAUAUGAUUGAUGGCAAGUACACAAAUGAAGGUACUAAGGUGGAAUUGAUAGGUAUUGCUAUCCAGAAAGACAAGUCGUAG